AUGAAUAGGCAAUUCUCUGUGUCCAAAGAUAUGGGAAAUUUUUCUAUGUAAUCUCCAGAUAAAUAAAUCUAUUGCCCAAAAACAUAAUCACAAGCCAAGAUCCAACAAUAUGGGCCAUCACCCUACAUGUAAUCACCGUAAUUUGAUGCUAAAUAAGUAAGUUAGAAUAACGUUAUCAUUUAACCUUCUCCUCCUUAAAAAUUAGAAAAUUCCUAUCAGUACAAGCCUAGUAUAAAGAAUGGGUCGAUUAAUGAUAUUUUUAAGCCACAUAAUCAAUAAGAAGUGAUUAAAUCUUAGAAUGAAAUUAAGCCCCAUUAUGAAACUUAUAAGUAUGAAUACAACAAAACCUUUGCUGGUACUUUUUAAAGUGAUGCAAAUAGAGAAUAAAUAACAGAUAGAAAAAGCAACACCUCAAAAAAAGAUGGAACAAGUCUUAUUGAUUCCAAAGAAAAUUACUAAUAAUUUUAAGCUAAAUCCUUAUUAACAGAUAAUCAUCCCACUGUUGGUAACAGUAGACUAUCUUCCUAAAAUAUUAAUCUAAUUCAAUCAAAACCCAAGCUUUAAACUGAAAUAUUUAGAAUCUCAGGAGCUUUGAGGGAAUUGAUGUCAUCAAUACAAAAGAUGAUGGGUGAUGGUAGACUACCAGAUCAAAUAAAUGAUAAAAUGAUUGAAAUUUUAGCAAAUUUUAGAAAACUAGAAGAAAUAGCUAAUAAUGAGCCUGUUGAUAGUGAUUCAAAGAUAUCUUCAAUGGCUGAGGAUUACAACAAAUUGAAAAAUAUUCUUGAAUAAUUAUAAACCAAAAUGACAGCAUUGGUUUAAGAAAAUUAAAAAUUGAAUAAAAAUUUGUUUGAACAGGAAUAAAAGGUUACAGAAGAGAUUAAAAAGAAAUAAUUAGCUGAAGAUAAGGCUAAUCAAGCUAAUAAAGAGUUUAAUAGAGUCUUUGAAUGUCUCCAAAUCAAUUAAAAGGAAAAUGAGGAACUAAAAAAUAAACUUAUCUAAUCUGAAAGCUUUAAGAACUUAUCAUGCUAAACUAGCAAUAGGGUAUAAAAUGAUGAAAUCAAUAAUUACAAAAUGAAAAAUCAAUAACUCUAAAAUGAACUAGAAUAAUUGGAAGUGAAAUAUAAGUAAUUAUUAACCGAAAAGAAUAAUUAAAAAGAGAUUCCAAAGUCUCCAUUAAUCAUUAAAUCAAUUCAUUCCAGUACUAGCAAAUAAUCUGAAUAGUUGGAAUUAAAAUUACUUUAAUUAUAAAUAGAGAAUGACAAUUUAAAAGCAGAGAUGGCUCAUAAUCAAGUUGAUUCUAAAGUGAUUGACAGCAAGAAUGAUAUGAUUUAGAAAUUGGAAGAAAAAAUUAAAUCAAUUCUAAAAGAAAAGAGCAUUUCUGAAGAACAAUCUAUUUAGAUAUGCCAUAAUCUUGAAAUUAUGAAUGAAUAAUUAAAGAAUAGUCUUUAAAAUAAGGAAAUCGACCUAUCCAAUUUAUCAAAAUAAAAAAAUGAGUUAGAAAGAGAGUAUAGAAAUUAAAUUAACAAUUUAAAUUCAAUAUUGAAGGGAACAGAAGAUAAGGUUUAGAUGGCAAAGCAAGAUUAUUAAAAGCUGUUAGAUGAGUUUAAAUAAAUUGAUCUUAGAAAAGGCAAAUUGUAGGAAGAUUUGAGGAAUACAGAAAAGAAACUUGAUUCAUUAAAUCAAGAAUUGGCCUUUACAAGAGGAGAAUUAAAGAAAUCUACUGAUAGAAAUCAUUAGCUUUAAACAUAAUAUGAUCAAAUGAAUUAGUAAUUAUAAUAAUAAACAUCUUUAUAAUAACAAUUACUAUAACAAAUUGAUGGGUUAAAGUAAAAUGAAUUAUAAGUUAGAAUGGAAUAUGAGAAACUUGAAAAACAAAUGCAAGCUGUAAAAUCUGAGAUGAAAUAUCAAGUUACUGAGUUAAAUGAGAUGAUAUCAUUAUAAGCAAGAAAAACAUAAGAAAAAGAAAGAUAACUAAAUGAAUUAAUAGAAGAAAUGGGUGGGAUGAGAGAUUAAUAUGAAGUCCAAAAGAAAGUUUGCUAGGAGAAUGUAAAUGAUCUUGAAAGAAGAUUGAAAAAUUUAAGAUUGCAAUAAGAAGAACUUUUACAAGUAAAAGAACAGGAAAUUCUAGAUUUAAAAUAAACAAUGGAUUAACAAAUAAAAAUGUUAGAUAAGAGAAAUGUCCUUUCUUCAUUUGAUUAUGAUUAACGUGAAUAACAACUCUAAGCUGAACUCUUGAGUAAGAAUGAUUAAAUAGAGGCCUUGAAAUCAGAGGUUGAGAAGGUGAGAAGCAAUAAUUUUAAUGUUUAAGAAGAAUUAUUAAGAUAAGGAAUGUUAUUGAAUCAACAUUAAGCCACUAUUGCAAAUUAUAAAAAUGAGUUAAGUCAAUCUAGAUAAGAAUAAUAACAUUUGAGUGAGAUGUUAAAAAAGAGAAAAGAGGAAACAGACUAAUUGCAUUAAAAUUUGGAGGAGAUGAGGAAGGAAUUGUAAAGCAAGAAAAUAUCUGAUGAUAGUAGGAGAUCAGCUUUGAGACAAUAAGAUCUUUAGAUUGCUCUAGAAAAUCUAUCUCGAGAGAAUUUAAGUUUACAACAGAAAGUCAAUGGCUUGUCUAAUGAAAUGAAUAGAAAGUCAAGAGAAUUAUCAGAAAGAAAUGAGGAAUAUCAAAUAUUGAAGAGGAAAUAUGAUGAAACUGUUGCCAAUUUAGAAAGACUAGAAAAGAGAUGGGGAGAAAAGAUAGAUUUACAUAGAAAAAAUUGA